GCUAGGCGUUCGACCAGACGGCGGGAGACCUGCGUCACCGAGAGUCACUGACUGACCGAUCCAACAAAAUUUGCGGUCUUUGGAGAAAUCAAUGACUGGAGAUGAAAGCGUCUUUCAAACUCUUUUGAACGGCGCAGAACUAUUGGAUUAAAAUACAUUACUGUCAACGUUGGCCUACCGGAUAUCUGGACUGAAGACAAGCAGGAAGAUGGCGGAUGAGUUCAAGACGUACGACAAGUCGCCCAUAUUAGAAUUCAUCACUCUGAAGCGGUGGAGUUUUGGUCUGAGGGAGACCAUUCUAGCGGCCAUCGCCGUGCUACUGCUGGUGCUGUGCGUGAUCUUUGCGGGGCUCUUGGGGAAGGCCAAGGAUGAUCUGUCGGAAGUUUCGUCUGCAAGUCAUGCGGCAUUUAUUGGUGAGUCGCACGGAAACAGUUGUUGGCAAGUCAUUAUGAGCAAGAGUUAGAAUCAGUAUUGCGGAGACGUCUUGGUUUUCUGUUAUAAAAAAAUUUUAAAAGUCGAGUUUUUUUUUUUAAACGGCUCCUGUGACCAUGCUGUUCAUGCUAUGACACUGACCCAUGACACUGACCCAUGACACUGACUUAUGACACUGGCCUCAACUUUGGUAAAUAAGGAAUAAUAUUGAAGGCACUGAUUAUUUGAUCUUCAGUCCAUUUGUUUCCCACCUUUGUUCAAUUUAAGCAAAAAGUUCUAUAUGUUCAGAUUGUUCUAUAGAGCUGAAAUUGGUUUUGCAAAAAAAAAACUAUGUUUAGACAUUUUGUCUCCGAAAGUUUUCUGGAUCCAUAUUUCCACAUAUAUAAAUAUAUAUAUAUAUAUAUCAGUAACAAUUUUUAAAAUAAAGUUGUCAACACGUUUCCGUCCAAGGUUAAGAUCCAUUACGCCGGCUCACAUUGACGUAGAAGUACCCAACAGCUGUUGAGAGAUUGACCAAACCGGAAUACCAGGAUAUUUUAUGAAUAUCUCUCCGCCAUUUAAUGAUAUUGUCCAAGCGGUAUGCCCGGGUGUUCUAUUAAUAGAUUUCCGACAUGAAUCGACAACCCCUAUUUGAGAAUGAGAUAUCUUAACGUUGUUGCAGACCUCAGUUUUAAGAACCGACAUUCUCUUGCAUCGAUUUUGCUCUUAAGUUCUUAAAUUCGACCAUCUCUCCAUAGAGAAUAAGUUCUGUACAGACAUCGGUUGCAUGGAGACGGCAACGCGGGCCAUGGAGCUUAGGAACAAAAGCGUUGAUCCUUGUGAGGACUUCUACGAGUACGCCUGCGGGAACUACAACGCCGUCCGCACGUUUUAUCCCAACGGUGGUAAGUUUUCGUGGAGGGGGGUCGCAGGGGAGGGGGGUCGCAGGGGAGGGGGUCGCAGGGGAGGGGAGGGUUGGGGGGAGGGGGGACAUAUGAAAGACACGAUAACUUCGAAUAAGAACAGGUGGAUAUUUUCUUCGACGUGAUUGGAUUUAUUUCUUUAUUUUUUAAAUUGAAAAGCCUGACUACCGUGCAAGCAAUAAGCCUGACUACGGUGCAAGCAAUAAGCCUGACUACGGUGCAAGCAAUAAGCCUGGCUACUGUGCAAGCAAUAAGCCUGGCUACGGUGCAAGCAAUGAAAUUAACCAUUCAUACUGAAAGAAAUGCAAAAACAAAAUUUUGAUCAAAAACAUUUCUCGGAAUAGAGAGAGACUUGCUUUAACUCUCUUAUUUUAUUUUUGCCCGCUUAUUAACGUUUUAAGAUAUAGAGUUUAAAUAUCAUUUCUUAAUUAUUUAUUUAGCCUACAGGGCUGGUAAUAUCUUGAAACGCUUUACCCUUGUUAUGGUUUAUAAUUGUGUCCUUUUCGUUUACUUACCCCCCCCCCCCACACCCACCACAUAACGGUUUAAGAUAUAGAGUUUAAAUUUCAUUUUUUAAUUAUUUAUUUAGCCUACAGGGCUGGUAAUAUCUUGAAACGCUUUACCCUUGUUAUGGUUUAUAAUUGUGUCCUUUUCGUUUACUUACCCCCCCCCCCCAACCCACCCACCCCCGUGACCGGUAGUGGCCAGAAAUGUACUCCGAGACCUGAGCCAAGAGAACCAGGACCGGUUGAUUGACCUGAUGGAGCAGCCCAUUUCGCAGAUGCACGACUUUGCGGCAGAGAGAAAACUCAAGCAGUUCUUCCAGGCAUGCAACGACCUGUACACACGAGAGAAAAAACGAGGUGAGUACGACGAUCUGUACACACGAGAGAAGAAACGAGAUGAGUACGACGAUCUGUACAUACAGAAGAAGAAACGAGGUGAGCUUUUGACAAUUGGUGGGAAUGGGAUUAGGAGUCUGAGAUCCAAUAGAGUCGUUAGCUUUAUAGUCUAUACAUUCUAUUCAACAUUCUGAUAUAUCUGUCCGGCGUGAUGAUCACCACUGACCAUGGCAACCGCCUAACUUCUGGAUUUGAUCCCAAUUCCUAUUUCAUGGCGUUCUCCCUCAGGUCUACCUUUCCUGAAAUCUCAAUUUCUAUUUUAUGGCGUUCUCCCUCAGGUCUCCCUUUCCUGAUAUCUCCAUUUCCAUUUCAUGACGUUCUCCCUCAGGUCUCCGUUUCCUGACAUCUCAAUUUCUAUUUCAUGACGUUCUCCCUCAGGUCUCCCUUUCCUGACAUCUCAAUUUCUAUUCCAUGGCGUUCUCCCUCAGGUCUCCCUUUCCUGACAUCUCAAUUUCUAUUCCAUGGCGUUCUCCCUCAGGUCUCCCUUUCCUGACAUCUCAAUUUCUGUUCCAUGACGUUCUCCCUCAGGUCUCCCUUGCCUGACAUUUUAAUUUCUAUUUCACGACGUUCUCCCUCAGGUCUCCCUUUCCUGACAUCUCAAUUUCUGUUCCAUGACGUUCUCCCUCAGGUCUGCCUUUCCUGACAUCUCAAUUUCUAUUCCAUGGCGUUCUCCCUCAGGUCUCCCUUUCCUGACAUCUCAAUUUCUAUUCCAUGGCGUUCUCCCUCAGGUCUCCCUUUCCUGACAUCUCAAUUUCUAUUCUAUGGCGUUCUCCCUCAGGUCUCCCUUUCCUGACAUCUCAAUUUCUGUUCCAUGACGUUCUCCCUCAGGUCUCCCUUGCCUGACAUUUUAAUUUCUAUUUCACGACGUUCUCCCUCAGGUCUCUCUUUCCUGACGUCUCAAUUUCUAUUCCACGGCUUUCUCCCUCAGGUCUCCCUUUCCUGACAUCUCAAUUUCUGUUCCAUGACGUUCUCCCUCAGGUCUCCCUUGCCUGACAUUUUAAUUUCUAUUUCACGACGUUCUCCCUCAGGUCUCCCUUUCCUGACGCAGGUCGUCCCCGAGCUCGGCGGAUGGAAAGUUUUGGGCAACUGGCAGAGCAGCUGGGAUUUGAACACGGCGCUGAAGAAAGUUCAAGGUCAAUUCUGGGUGGACGCAUUCUACUCACCCACGGUAGUUUAUUAAUAUAUAUGUAUUUAUCGUAUCUGAUAUUCCAUUUAUGACAUUAAUUUAGGUAAUGUGUCCCCUAGGGUCUCGACUUCCUGUGACCACGUGAAAACUGUGGCCAACACAUUUCAUUUUCACUUACAGGUUUUUUUUUAGUGUUGCAGCAUAUACAGUCUGCUGGCUAAUGCUGGCUAUUUGAAAAAUAAAAAAUAACCACGGCAUACAUUUAUUAAUGCGCCACCGUUGUCAUGAGCCGACAGGUUGGUAUCAUAGCAACCGGUAGAAAAUGGAGUCGCCACGCAACAACAAAGAAACAAACAAAAUAAAAUAAUAAAUAAAUAGGAAAGACGUUUAAAAAAAAAUGCAUGAUGACUUUCACAUCAGCUGACUUGCUUACAAACUAAUUUGUUGUCUUCAUAUGUAGCCAUAAUGUCGAGUCCACGUUAAAAUCGGUGAAAUAUAUCUCAAGUUUAAUAGUAUUACUUGAGUGAGCAAGAUAGGCAAAGAUUUUAGAGAAGCGAGGUCUUGUUGUUUUUUUAAAAUCUAAUCUAUUUACGAGUUCGUAAAGAUUUUAAGUUUUAAUUUUGACUCUGCGUGCUUGGGUGAUGAUUGGUAAAAAUCAUUUUUAAAAGAAAAAAUGCGAAUCUAUUUAUUUAAAGACCCACAUGCAGCCGCACGUUGCUUAGUUUGGCGUGAGCAAUUUUUAUAUUUUUUUUUUAACGAUACACAUUAACAAAAGAUCUUCAUUGUAACAUAUAUGUGUGUGUGUGUGUGUUCACUCGUGUUUCAUUAAUUAUCUUUACUAAAGUCCUCGCAAUGAUCAAACAUUUAACUAUGGUACGAACUCAUCACACCAUUUUUCCAACAUGGCUGUUGACACUCGCCCGUUACAUCUAUAUCUUCUUAUUUGCCCCAACUCUUCUGUAUAGCAUCAAAAUAGCCCCACACAAAAAUGUACUGUUACAUGCAUCAUAUGACCAGGGCUGGCACUCAAUUUUUUUAAUUCCCAAGAUUUGGUCAAAAAUUUACCCAAGAUGUCCAAGAUCUUGAAAAUAUAUAACAGUUUUUUUUUUUUUUUAAGGAUCUUGAGGAAUUUUUUUUUAAAAAGUGAGUUUUGGUCCUGAAUGGGGUAGUGAAUUCCCAAGAUCUUGGGAAAUUUCCCAAGGUGUGGUAGCCCUGCAUAUGAUAUAACCCCAGUGUUGUUCCUGCUCCGUGUGAACACCUACGCUGGAUGUCUGUGACGUGUGCUCAGUGUGAACACUUACGCUGGAUGUCUGUGUCGUGUGCUCAGUAUGAACACCUACGCUGGAUGUCUGUGUCGUGUGCUCAGUGUGAACACCUACGCUGGAAGUCUGUGUCGUGGAUUCUCAGCAUGGAUUCACGACUGAGAUUUUUGUCUUCAACCAACCGCUGUGUGAAAGAAACCAACAAGUCGCAGCGUGGAAGUAGCUGUUAAGUCGGUCACCCCCGAUACCUGAAUUUUUCAUGCUGUCCUCCUACAUGACUCGUUUGUUAGUCCACAGGUCGGGACAGACUGGUACGACCAAACUAAGAAAGUCAUUCACCUGGCCCCGGCAGGUACCGGCAAGUGGAUGUACUGGUCCUGGUAAGGCGCAACUCUUCUUUCUUGUAGACGAUUAUAAUUAGCUGAAGUAUACAAAAUAAAAUAUUCAACAAAUGUAAGCAGACAUCAAUUUUGACGGGCAAUAUUACUAGUAACUGUAUAGUUGCCCUGCUAUUAAGCCCCACCGCCCAAACUUCCAAGGCUUCCAUUGUUUAGUAUUCCUGGCCCCCAUUUCUGCCGUGUUCCAGGUACACGAAUCCAAACACACAGAAGUACAGGGACGACUACAAGAAGUUCAUACGGCGCGUCGGAGCACUCCUGGCCAGAGACGCCGUCUCCAUGAAGGUUGCGCCCCCUGACAACGGCACGCUGGAGAUGGCGCUGGAUGAGUUCGUCAACGACACCUACACGAUCGAGUACAACCUGGCCGUGAUCGCCGCUGGCUCCGACUACCAGGAUGACCCUUACCUGGACUCAAACAAGGUCCGUCAACAAAAUAGUGCUCAAGUCUUCACAUUCGUUUCCAUUUUUUCCCACCUGAUUUAAGGUCAACUUAUCAAUUUAGCCAGAUACUGUUAUUUAGCCAGUUCCAGAUCCCGUUAUUUAGCCAGAUCCCGUUUUUUAGCCAGAUCCCGUUAUUUAGCCAGAUCCCGUUAUUUAGCCAGAUCCCGUUAUUUAGCCAAAUCCCGUUAUUUAGCCAAAUCCCGUUAUUUAGCCAUAUCCCUUUUUAGCCAGAUCCCGUUAUUUAGCCAUAUCCCUUUUUUAGCCAGAUCCCGUUAUUUAGCCAUAUCCCUUUUUAGCCAGAUCCCGUUAUUUAGCCAUACCCCUUUUUUAGCCAGAUCCAGUUAUUUAGCCAAAUCCCGUUAUUUAGCCAGAUCCCGUUAUUUAGCCAGAUCCCGUUAUUUAGCCAUAUCCCUUUUUUUAGCCAGAUCCCGUUAUUUAGCCAGAUCCCGUUAUUUAGCCAGAUCCCGUUAUUUAGCCAUAUCCCUUUUUUAGCCAGAUCCCGUUAUUUAGCCAUAUCCCUUUUUUAGCCAGAUUCCGUUAUUUAGCCAUAUCCCUUUUUUAGCCAGAUCCCGAUAUUUAGCCAGACCCCCUUAUUUAGCCAAAUCCCGUUAUUUAGCCAGACCCCCUUAUUUAGCCAGAUCCCGAUAUUUAGCCAGACCCCCUUAUUUAGCCAAAUUCCCGUUAUUUAGCCAGAUCCCGUUAUUUAACCUGACCAACAAUCCUCAGAAGCGGCACUGGGCACUACAAUCGCUCGGUAUCAAUUUUAUUAUUGAAUGGUCAACAAUAUUCUUUUUUUUAAAUUCUAAAUUGAUGUAUUACUAGUAUACAUAGUGAACUUCCGAAUCAAACACCAAAUGGCGCCAAUAGUACCCUGGCCCUGACUGGCAUGACCCGAAUAAUGGCCCUGACUGGCAUGAGCCAAAUAGUGACCCUGACUGGCAUGACCAAAAUAGUGACCCUGACUGGCAUGACCCAAAUAGUGACCCUGACUGGCAUGACCCAAAUAGUGACCCUGACUGGCAUGACCCAAAUAGUGACCCUGACUGGCAUGAGCAAAAUAGUGGCCCUGACUGGCAUGACCAAAGUAGUGACCCUGACUGACAUGACCCAAAUAGUGGCCCUGACUGGCAUGAGCCAAAUAGUGACCCUGACUGGCAUGACCCAAAUAGUGACCCUAACUGGCAUGAGCCAAAUACAGCAUUAACCAAGUCCAAAGUCGGGGUAGACGUCCCUGAUUAUUUAAACUAACUGACGUUGCUGUAUGAUGAUUAUAAUAACACUUCUAGGUGACCUUGACCCAACUUAACACCGACACUGGAAACGUCAUUGAUUGGGUGCAGCAGCUGACCUACCUCUUUAACACGGCCAGGGUCACGGGGUCAACAAAGGUCGUGUUGAGCCACGUGGAUUACUUCAGGAACGUGACGAACAUGAUUUCCUCCCUUCCUGCGUCUGACCGGAACCGGAUGUUGCACAAUUACCUGAUUUGGCGGGUGGCAGAGACGUACGUUCAGGUAAGUUUCGGCUACUGUUGAAAAAUGUGUUCGUCCAGGUAAAUUUCAGCUACUGUUGAAAAAUGUGUUCGUCCAUGUAAGUUUCAGCUACUGUUGAAAAAUGUGUUCGUCCAUGUAAGUUUCAGCUACUGUUGAAAAAUGUGUUCGUCCAUGUAAGUUUCGGCUACUGUUGAAAAGGUUGUUCGUCCAGGUAAGUUUCGGCUACUGUUGACGGAGUUGUGCGUCCAGGUAGGUGUCUGCCACCUUUGACAGAGUCGUACUCGCAUGUAAGGUUAGGUUACUGUUGACAGAGUCGUACUCGCAGGUAAGGUUCGGUUACUGUUGACAGAGUCGUACUGUCAGGUAAUGUUCGGUUACUGUUGACAGAGUCGUACUCGCAGGUAAGGUUCGGUUACUGUUGACACAGUUGUUCGUCCCGGUAAGAAUGUGUAAAUUUUGAAAGCCAACCACUGGCGUUCUUCUGUACAAUAACACGAGAAUCCCUGAUCCAACCAUAGGAGCUGUCCUGGGAGUACAUCCACGCCAACAGAGAGAUGUACGACGACAUGUACAACAGGCAAGACUUUUCCGGAGUGUACAAGUACUGCAUGGCCACAGCCAAGUACUACAUGGGCGACGCCCUCAGCAGUUUGUACGUCAAUCGUCAUUUCAGCCAGGAGAGCAAAGACACGGUGAGUCAGCAGACGGUCGUAUGCGUCAGAGGGUUGUGCAGUGGUGGAAAACUAAAGCAAUUUAAAAUACUGAGGCUUAAACGGGGGUAAUUUUUUGGGUUGUUUUUUUUUUUUUCCCCUAGUUCCGCCUCCUUGAAAAAGCCCCCCCCUGUUCCCAAUCUUAACAAUAAAAAAAAAUAAAAAAAAAAAAAAAAAAAAAAAAAAAAAAAAAGAGGUUACUACUCAUUUUCUAUUGAAUAUGUUAGCUUUUAAACAAUAGUCCUACAGACAGUCCUAGAACCUACAAGCCGACAUUGAAACAAUAGUCAUACACAUAGUCCUACACCCUACAUGCCGCCCUUUAAACAAUAGUCAUAAACAUAGUCCUACACCCUACAUGCCGACCUUUAAACAAUAGUCAUACACAUAGUCCUACACCCUACAUGCCGGCCUUUAAACAAUAGUCAUACACAUAGUCCUACACCCUACAUGCCGGCAUUUAAACAAUAGUCAUUCACAUAGUCCUACACCCUACAUGCCGACCUUUAAACAAUAGUCAUACACAUAGUCCUACACCCUACAUGCCGACCUUUAAACAAUAGUCAUACACAUAGUCCUACACCCUACAUGCCAGCCUUUAAACAAUAGUCAUACACAUAGUCCUACACCCUACAUGCCGGCCUUUAAACAAUAGUCAUACACAUAGUCCUACACCAUACAUGCCGGCCUUUAAACAAUAGUCAUAAACAUAGUCCUACACCCUACAUGCUGACCUUUAAACAAUAGUCAUACACAUAGUCCUACACCCUUGAUGCCGGCCUUUAAACAAUAGUCAUACACAUAGUCCUACACCCUACAUGCCGGCCUUUAAACAAUAGUCAUACACAUAUUCCUACACCCUACAUGCCGACCUUUAAACGAUAGUCAUACACAUAGUCCUACACCAUACAUGCCGACCUUUAAACAAUAGUCCUACAGACAGACCUACACCCCACAUGCCGGCCUUUUAACUAAUAGUCAUACACAUAAUCUUACACGUCCCUCUCCCCUAUAGACAGAGACGAGGCCAUGACAGGCAAUUCCGGCUCAUACCAGCAAGAAGCCGGUAUAGGAACUGCUCAUUCCUGCCCAAGACAAUCAGGGACUGGAACAAGCUUUCAAGAAAAAAAAAAGUUGAGGCGACACAACUAGACACAUUUGUGUCUAUUGCCUCAAGCCUUCAAACCCCCAGUGCAUGAUUCCUUCACAAAGUAGCACUUGUAAUCAUUGAAAUAUCCUCAUCAGCACCAGGCACAGAAACAUUGCAAAUCCCCUCUACAUGCAAAGGAGCCAAAAUGAUCAAUAAAUUGAUCUUGGGCCCUUAACAUAUAGAAGAAGAAGAAGAAGCUCUUCAUAAAGUAUUACGGCCCGCCUUACUUUAUAAGUUGUGCUGGCCAGACUUAAUGAGAAAUAAAACACACAGCAAAGAAAGACAGAACAAAGACGCGAACGUUUCCACUGAGAGCAGACCUGUUCACUGUCAAACUCUUAAAAUCGUACAAUUUCAUGACAAAAUCAUUCAAUACAUUAUCUUAAUAGUAAAAAAAUAAAUAUAAAGUAUAUAUAUAAUGUAUACACCUCAAAAUCGUACAUUGCGUGCCAAAAUCGUAAGAGUAUACAGGUCUGGGAGAGCCUUGAGAUUGAGAGUCUCUAGUUUUAAUCUUAUUUUAGGGUUUCCCCGUACCCCGAGUAAUUUUUCUUAUUGCUUGAACCAGAACACAAGUCGAAAUGACGCUCAAUGAUUUAAGCUCGUAAUUUCCUUUGGUGAAAUGGCGAUGUUAAUUUUGUUUAAGUCGUAAAUCGCAUUGGUGUAUCGAAGAGCGGAAAACGGACAGGGCUGGCGGCCCGGGGGGGGGGGAGGAAUGGGGGGGGGGUGGUAUCCGCCCGUAGCCCUUAUAAUAUCAUUAAAUAUUAAUACAGCCAUGCCGUGCUUAUUCAUAGUUUGUCAUUUCAAGUCAACUCGGUGCUCGGAGCCAUCGAAGGUAGGAGAUCAAUAAAUGAUCAGCCUGUCUUAUUCCUUGACAUUGAUCCAAGUUCAAUCGUGUCAAUGCUCCAGAGAAUGGAUUGACGACUCGGGGUAAAAUACCCCUACUAGGGUAAAAAAAUGACAAUCCUGGGGGGUAUGGAGGCCCCGAUAGACACAAAUACACUGAUAUUUAAAGCACGUUUCUUUUCACGAAUUUCCUUUUACUCUGUCAACAAUGCAAUCGGAACUGUGACCUCUGAACUGUGACCUGUGCCACUGUGUGAUAGAGAAACGCGACCAAUGUGAUGACGUCGCCACUCAUGGCUCGGCAGCGCAAAUCGCAGUACUCAAAGAAAGUCUGUGCAGAAAAUACUUUCAAUAAUUAUUUAAACCAGUGGUUCUCAACCUUUCUAAUGCCGCGACCCUAUAAUAGAGCUCCUUAUGUUGUGGCGACCCCCAGCCACAAAUUAUUUUCGUUUCUACUUCAUAAAUGUAUAGCACAUGUGUUUUCAGUUGGUCUGAAGCGACCCCAAGAAAAGGGUCGUGCGACCCCUGAAAGGGAUCGGGACAUACAGGUUGAGAACCGCUGAUUUAAACUAAAGCAUAUUUAAUGUCAGUCUUCAUUUAACUCCAAUCCUUUGGCCACAUAGAUUGCUUUUCUACAUUUCUGCACAGACUUUGAAAUGGGCCUAUUUCCCCGGUAGCCAGAUUGGUAAGGUCGCCAAAAUGGAAUUUGCUUAUUUUAUUGAUGAAAAUAAUAGGUUUUAGAGUUGAAAGGAGCGUAAAAAUUGAUCUUGUCCACGGAGUCCAACCGCGCUAUCGACGACUCUUAGGCCUCUAAUAAAAUGUAUCAAUAAGAUUUGAAGUCCAGGAAACUCUGAUGGUAGCCACUGUUUUCUUUGUGUGAAGUUUUAAAACAGAUCUUAAGCAACUAACUUUGUGUUUGUGACAUACCUCACUCGUUAUGUCCCCCGAUUUAGUUAACAUCAACACAAAUUUCAUCCCAAUUAUCAACACUAUCAUCAACUCAAAUAUUAGGUCAAACUUCAACACAAACAGCAGCACUGACAUCAAAACAAAUGCAAACGAGUGGGUGGAAAGUAACUAAAUACUGGAACAAGGUAUGAUUAGGCUUGAAAAAACGAGACAAAUAAGUUAUUUAAGUUGACGUUUCGAGGAAACGCCUACUUCAGCAGACAAUGCAAAACUAAAUUUUAAAAAAAAAUUCGUAUCUUGACAUAGACACUGUCUUGUUUCACGAUUUAUUUCCUUGACAUUGCUUCAAGCAGUCCGCCAUAAAUUAUUCAUUAAACGAGGGGAAACUAGGGCAAAGGUUACUAGGUCAGUUACUGUUUUUUUUUUUUUUUUUUUUAAUUACAGAAUUACANUAGAGUUUCAGUAUCAAGACAUAGAAGAACCCUCAAAGCACAACGUGAUCCAUCAAUAACAGUUAAAAUAUACCAAAAAUGAGUAUAUCUUUGACCGAAAAUUUAACCAGCAGUUUAUGUUUUACAUAUAUGUCAGCAAGUGAUGAUUUUACAGGAUUUCAAGAGGGCUCAUCUACUGUGGAAACAUCCGUUUACCGUGUCAUACAAUAUUUUGUCGAUUGCAGCCAAGGUACUGGCUAAAACAUUCCUACCAUGCUUCAUAAGAAUUUAGAGAAGGGUUACCCCACCAGGCUUUGGUAAGUUGACUGACUGGAUGAGCCCACCAGGCCUUGGUAAGUUGACUGACUGGAUGAGCCACCAGGCCUUGGUAAGUUGACUGUCUGGAUGAGCCAGCAGGCUUUGGUAAGUUGACUGACUGGAUGAGGCACCAGGCCUUGGUAAGUUGACUGACUGGAUGAGCGACCAGUCCUGACAGAAGUGGUAAGAUCCUGGUCACUUUGGCAGACAUUUGUGGUUAGAUUCUUCCGAGGGUUUCAGUUCAACUAUAAUAUGCAUGUUACAUCCCCACCACCAGGUCGACCAGAUCUACAACGGCCUGACCGUCAACAUCACUGACCACUUCGGCAACUUGCUCAGCGCCAACCAGUACAAGCGCGACCUGUGGAGCGAGGAGCUGGCCAAAGUGGGGGAGGACCGGGAGGAAUGGCAGUACCCCACGUACUCCACGUUCAUGUCACUCUACUGGUUCUGGAACGAGAUCGCCGCGCCGGCCGGUGGGUCACCUUUCUAUCUACUCGGCUGUAGGACCGGUGUCCAUGUAUCUAUCAGUCGUGAACACCUUAUCAUAGAAGUGUUGCACCGUUUAGAGAUAGCAGUCCUCUAGGGUGACGGGGAUUGGCAUAAAAAAAAAACAAAAAAACAUGACAGCCUUCGAAUAGCUGAAGUGGGAGUUUAGAGUAAAUUCUCUACGGUGAACAUUCGAACUGAAAAGGGACGGUACUUUUAUUUAUCAUGAGGGUUAUUUAUUUUAUGUUUAUGUCCCUUGCUAGGGAAUCUUUGGUGAUAGAGGGGAGAGACUGCAACAGGUUUUAAAAAAAAAAAUUAAAAAAAGGAAAUAAGUUGUACAAAGAAUGGGAAAAACUGAAAAAAGGGAAGAAAAAAGAACGCAACAAAAAUACCAACGUGUCGGCAAGAAGCUUUCACGGACGAACAAACAACAGGGAAAACAGAGUUCAAUAACAAAAAUAAUAACACUUAGCUGAAAUGUAGAGUAGAGUAUCUGGCUUUGGGAUCAUGGGGAACAGUGGUGAGAUCGUGGGGAACAGUGGUGGGAUCCUGGGGAACAGUGGUGAGAUCGUGGGGAACAGUGGGUGGAUCAUGGGGAACAGUGGGUGGAUCACGGGGGACAGUGGAUGGAUCACGGGGGACAGUGGGUGGAUCGCGUGGAACAGUGGGUGGAUCAUGGGGAACAGUGGUGAGAUCGUGGGGAACAGUGGUGAGAUCGUGGGGAACAGUGGUGAGAUCGUGGGGAGCAGUGGCUGGAUCGCGUGGAACAGUGGGUGGAUCAUGGGGAACAGUGGUGGGAUCGUGGGGAACAGUGUUGGGAUCCUGGGGAACAGUGGUGAGAUCGUGGGGAACAGUGGCUGGAUCGCGUGGAACAGUUGGUGGAUCACGGGGGACAGUGGGUGGAUCAUGGGGGACAGUGGUGGGAUCGUGGGGAACAGUGGUGGGAUCGUGGGGAACAGAGUGGGGAGCAGUGGGGGGAGCGUGGGGAGCAGUGGCGGGAUCGCGUGGAACAGUGGGUGGAUCGUGGGGAACAGUGGUGGGAUCGUGGGGAACAGUGGUGGGAUCCUGGGGAACAGUGGUGAGAUCGUGGGGAACAGUGGCUGGAUCGCGUGGAACAGUUGGUGGAUCACGGGGGACAGUGGGUGGAUCAUGGGGAACAGUGGUGGGAUCGUGGGGAACAGUGGUGAGAUCGUGGGGAACAGUGAGUUGAUCGUGGGGAACAGUGGGUGGAUGAUGGGGAACAGUGGGUGGAUCACGGGGGACAGUGGAUGGAUCACGGGGGACAGUGGGUGGAUCAUGCGGGACAGUGGGUGGAUCUUGGGGGACAGUGGGCCCUUGUACCAAAGAUGAAAGUAAACCUACGACCUUCUCAUUGCGUCUUUCCCCAUUACGCCACAGGUAUCCUACAGUUCCCGAUCUACUCCAAGAAGCAGCCUCACUACUCCACCUUCGGCUCCCUCGGCUCGAUCCUUGGCCGCUUUCUCCACCACGUGGUCGACGAGUGGGGGAAGUGGUUCGACAAGAACGGCAACCUCCUGGAGGAGCACGCCACCUGGUGGUCCAACGGCUCGCUGAUGGCGUACGAGCCCGUCCGGAAGUGCGUCUACGACAUUUACGACAAUAUCACGAAGACCUACGUGUUUCCCGACGGUGUGUCGAGGACGGUCAAGGUCAACGCCGCCCGUCAAACCCCCUCCGCCAUUGCCAGAACGAACGGGGUUCGCCUGGCUCUGAUCGCGUACAACGAUUGGAUGAAAAACCUGGCGCAGACGGAAAAAAUGCUUCCGGGGCUCGGGUUGACCAAUGAGCAGAUGGUGUUCUUGGCGCAUGCGCAGACGUUCUGCUAUGACAAGAACGACCGUUGGACCUUGAACCGGAUGUUGAGAGGGACGCUGUCGGACGAUACGAGGAUCAACAUGGCGCUGGGGCAGCUGCCGGAGUUUUCGAGGGCUUUCAAAUGUAAACCUGGUGCCAAGAUGAACCACGAGGUCAAAUGUGAUUAUUAUUGAAAAGUGCCUCCAUCAGAACGAUUCCACGAUUCGCCAAAAUUAUUAUGUCAUGCUAUUUUCACUAUAAAAAUUAUACGCUCAAUAAAAUAUACGUUAAUUUAUUAUAAUUUCUGUAGAAGAAUGGAAGUGUUUAUAUAUAUUUAUUUAUUUAUUUAUUUAUUUAUUAUUGUAUGAAUAUAUUCUCCAUGAAAGUGUGGUUGGGUUAAAAAUGUAUAUCUUUAUGGCAUGUCAACUUAUCUGCUUUUGAAAAACUGAAAGAAACAAAAGGGUAAUUAAUUGUAUUCAAAGAGGGCGCAGUGUGUUAGUUUAGUCUAGUCAAAUGCGUCUCCCGACAGUGGUGAUGUCGAAGACCGGAGUACUGUGAGGGGGCACCAGAGAUUGAGCAGAAAUAUUCAUCGUAAAGAUGUUGCGCCUUACUCCACCCCCCACAAACACCCACCCACCCACCCACCCACCUCUCUCCUGCCAUGUGUGUUAUACAACAAGCAGAGCCGUCGCGUGCCUUUUAAAUGGUCCUCACUUGCCACUUUUCGGUGUCAUGCCCAUUGCAUUCAAAGAUGCUAGUUUAUUUUUUUCUUCCUCAUCACAAUUUUUGACUCCUUAAAUGUUUGAGGGAUCCUGCAGGAGUUGCAGGGUAUAUGGAACUUCUAUGCAACAUUUUUUUUGUGUGUGUGCAAAAAAAAUAAAAAUUAUUAAAU